AUGACUGUCCGCUGCCCGUUCUGCCGCGUGACCGAUGUGCCUUUCCUCGAAGAGAGUGUGCAUCAGAAAGAUCCUUUCAUCGUCCAAUACCAUGACAUCAUUUACGUCCUCCCCGUCCUCCAAACACCCACUUCUGCACCAGUCCUUGAGCAAGAGAGAGAAGCUCGUGUAUUCGGGACCCCUGCCAACGAGGAAGGGGGAUUUCACAGUGCUACAAUGCAGCUCAUAGAGAAAUUGGAGACCUCCCGUGAGGUCGUCAUUGAUAUCCCGGAAGGGAACAUGACGAGUUCCAAACGACACGGUGAGAGUGGCCUUGCCUUUAUUUGGUGCAGACCCUUUCUUCCCACACGUGAGCUUAUGGAGCCGGGCCGGAAAGUGUACCUGUCACAUUUGACCAGGGAAACAAAUGAGAUGCCUAGAGACACGUUCUCGGACUUUGCGAUAUUUUCAUGGAAGAAUGAUCCACUUAAUGGCUCAAACCACACUCAGUCCCCGUUUGUGCAUGUCAAGAAAUGGAUUAUCCCCAAUGUUUCAACCAAUCUGGACACUCCCAGCGAGUUGAGACAUUUCGCUGAAGCUGCCGGUUUUACAGUGGUUCAGGAGUGGACAGAAGGAGACCAGUGUCAAGGAGCACUGUAUCGUUGCUUCUCCAUCCGAUACGACCAUUUGUAUAUACUUGAACCCGAGUUCCAGUCGGGACCAGACCAAUCAAGCAGAGUGCAAGAUGUUUGA